AUGCGCACCCCAACGCGCUCUCUCAUGCUCUCUCUCACGCGUUCUCUCGCGCGCUCCCUCACGCCCUCUCCUGCGCUCUCUCACACGCUCUCUAAUGCGCACCCUCACGCGCUCUCAUGCGCUCUCUCAUGCGCACCCUCACGCGCUCCCUCACGCGCUCUCUCACGCCCCCUCUCACGCGUUCUCUCGCACGCUCUCUCGCGCGCUCUCUCCUGCGCUCUCUCCUUCGCUCUCUCCUGCGCGUUCGCUCCCGUGCACACGCUCUCUCUCGCGCUUGAAAACAACCCGCGCUGGCGCACCUACCCGCGCUCCGCGCACCAACCCGCGCUUGCGCUCGUGCACCCGUCGCUGGAGGCGAUGGCGGGGAGGGAAGGAGAGGCGACGGGGGGGAGGGAAGGAGAGGCGACGGCGGGGAGGGAAGGAGAGGCGAUGGCGGGGAGGGAAGGAGAGGCGACGGCAGGGAGGGAAGGAGAGGCGACGGGAAGGAGAGGCGACGGCAGGGAGAGAAGGAGAGGCGACGGCGGGGAGGAGGGAGAGGCGACGGCGGAGAGGAGGGAGAGGCGACGGCGGAGAGGAGGGAGAGGGGACGGCGGAGAGGAGGGAGAGGCGACGGCGGAGAGGAGGGAGAGGCGAUGGCGGGGAGGAGGGAGAGGCGACGGCGGGGAGGAGGGAGGGGCGGCGGCGGGAGGAGGGAGAGGCGGCGGCGGGAGGAGGGAGAGGCGGCGGCGGGAUGGGAGGGAGCAGCGACGGCGGCUGGAAAGGAGGGAGGGGCGAUGGCGGGAUGGGAGGGAGCGGCGACGGCGGCUAGGAGGGAGAGCGACGCGAUGGCGGGGUGGGAGAGAGCGCGACGGCGGGGUGAGAGGGAGAGGGACGGAAAGGAGUAAGGGACAGCUAGACGGUAGGUAA